GAAAGCACUGGUUCAAGAUUCUUUCUCUGCCUUGACUAAAGCAAUGGAGGCGAUCCAACAAAGCAGCUCUUCAGUAAAACUGGAUAAGAACCCUGUGCCUCCAGUCCUCAGGGAGUCUAUGUCAUCCCAGGCAAAAACAGUUAUUAAAACUACUGAAGAUUAUUUGCAGCUGCAGUUUGGCCCCCAAAGACUUUUACAUUCAGCAGUAGUAUCAGAAGGGUCAAGCCUUCAAGAUUGCUGUACACAUCAAACAGCAUCAGAUCACAGCCAUGAGGAAAUAUCAAACCCAGACCUCUACAAAUCAAACAGUAAAAACAAUUCUUGUUUUAUGUUAGCAUCCAAGAAAAACAGACCCGUCAGUGCUCCAGCAGGUCAACUGAGCACUUUAGAGUUCUCCUCUCUAAAAUUUAAGUCAGGCCAGAAGUUGCAAGGAUUGUCUCCCAGAUAUAAACUUCAACCAAGAGUGAUUAAAGUAACAGCUUACAAAAAUGGAUCUAGAACAAACUUUGCCAAAAUUACUGCACCAACCAUUGCCUUGUUGCUGGAGGAAUGCACUGAGAAGCUGUGUCUCAGUGCGGCUGCACGGAGAGUGUUCUUGGCAGAUGGCAAGGAAGCCCUUAAGCCUGAAGACAUACCCCGUGAAGCUCACGUUUAUGUUUCCAUGGGAGAGCCCUUUGUAGAUCCAUUCAAAGAAGUUAAAGACCAUCUGUUGUUAAUGAAGAAAGUAACCUGGACAAUGAACGGGUUGAUGUUUCCUACUGAUGUCAAAAAACAGAAAACCCAGCCUGUCCUCUCAACUAGAAUGAAGAAACUUACUCAGAAGGCCUCAGUCCGAAUUCUGUUCUUUAAGAAUGGUAUGGGCCAGGAUGGACAUGAGAUAACAGUGGGAAAGGAAACAUUGGAAAAGAUUUUAGAUGCCUGCACAAUGAAAAUGAAUCUAGACUCAUCAGCCAGAUAUCUUUAUGAUUUGCAUGGCAGAAAAAUAGAAGAUGUUUCAGAGGUUCCUCUGUUUGAAAAAUGCCUGCAAAAUUCAAUCACACCUUUACGGGGACCACUUUGGGUCUCUAAGGGAGAAGGUUUCAGCCCCUCAGGCGCUAAGAUGUAUAUCCAAGGAGUUCUUUUGGCCUUGUAUCAACGAUUAAAGUCUGCAAAAAAUUAUUACAAGCAGUUGAAUGCGGUCAUGGAUGGACAGAAAGAAAAAAUCACAGACAAGUUCAUUCUUUCAAUGACAGCAAAGGAGCAUCAUAAAGCACAAGCAGAAGUGAACACACUGAUUGACGAGUUGCAGACAGCUAUCAAAAGCAACAGAGGUCAUCUCUCUAAGCUUGGCCCCCAAUUACAGGCUGAGCAGGAGCAAUACUCCUCUUAUGUCUGCCAACACAUUAAAAGCCUUCCAGUGAACACUGUGAUCCCAGGAGGCCUGCAGCUCAAGGUGUUUGAAAAUGGUAAAGACAUUGGAGCAAUCUCUGUUAAUAUCAGCAAAAAAGAUUUAGAGUCCAACAGCCCAUCUCAACCUGGUGAUAUGAUGCAAACAUUACUUCUCAAGAUCCAUCAAAGGCUUCAAGGUUCUUCCAUUAACCCACAAGGCCUCAAUUUUUCUUCAUCUCGGCUUUUCGAUGAGCAUGGCCAAGAAAUUAAGAAUCCACUUCUGCUGAAGAAUGAGCAAAAAGUCUGGCUCUCGUGUGGCAAAGCAUGCAGGUCUCCAUUAAACCCUUUCUUGGCUUUGACCUUUGACCAAGUGGCUGCAUUUGUCAGAGGUGGAAUCACCGUUGUCUAUAAAACCUUUGUGGAUGCUGCUGCUGUUCUGCUACCUGGAUGUGACAACUGGGAACUCUGUGAAGGAUUUCCAGUGAACUUUGACUCCACUAGUCAACCCAUACCUGAUCAAUUUGAAAAGGUGGACUUGACAAGCCACUUCCUACAGAACAAGGUGGAUCCCAACAUUGUUCUUCAUGCCUCUGUCUCCGUUGGGAAACGGAGUUCCUCAACUACAGAUAUGAGCAGUAGGAAUCAGACGGCACCCUCCACCCUGUGGCCUGCAGCCAGCAUGUGGCUGAUCACAAAGUCUGGGAUGAUCGUGAGCCGUGCGAUAACACAGGGCUGCCUAGCUAUUGGUCAUCCAAUCAGAGUCAGGACCGCUGAGGGAACGUCACUAGAAGGCUAUGAAUUAAUCCUACAGAAAAGACAUAAAGGAGAUGAAUAUCAGAAGUGGGUGUUUGGAGCUGACGGUUGUAUUUAUUCUAAGGCAUGUCCUCAGUUUGUUCUGACCUACCUAGAGGAAUUCAUUGCUCAAGUGGAUGUAACCCGAACAGAGUGUCACUUAGACCAUGGAACCUGGACCACAUCUCAUCAAGAAUGUGACAGAAACUUAGCAGAAGAGGUUUUGCAAAAAAAUGCCAGUAACCCUUCUCUGAAGUGGGCAGAACUGUCCAACACCCAAGCAGUGCCAGAAGGUUCUCUCAAGACGGGACAGCUGACAGUGGCACUGGUGAGGAAACUGGAAGAGAAACAUCCUAAGGCAGCUGCUCAGAGGUGGGCAAUAAAACAUGAAGGGGUCAGAAAGCCAGGGCAGUGGAAAAACUCCAGAGUUGAAAAUCCUCUGUGGAACAAGCUUGCUUACAUGUGGCCAGUCCUCCCCAGUGGCGAACUUAACAAGGAGUUUGAUUGGCCUAUAGAAGGGCUGCUUGUGCCAAACAGUCCACCCCUAAAGAAACCCUUUUUUAAGUCACUGGAGCAGCACAUCCCUUUAAGACUCAGAGUUUUGAAGAAUGGAGAUAAGAGUAAAAGCAAACCCCUUGUGAUUGGCACCUCACCUGGAUGGAAAACACAGUGCACUGAAAUUUUAAAUUUACCUUGUGCAGCUAGGAGAUUGUUCAAUGAAAAAGGGAAGGAAAUCUUUGACCUGAAGGACCUGCAAAGAGAUGAACUGGUCUAUGUUUCAUGCGGAGAGCACUGGAUCAAUCCUGAUCUCUCCUCUGUUCAGCAAAGGAAACAAAUCUUCCUCAGAAACCUGGCAUCUGAUGUUUCCAAAAUUCAAACCUUCUGCAACAUGCGCCAAGUAGAAGCUCUUGUUUUAGAAGUCCAGAGUGACAUUGUGUCUGGAGCCAAGCUUGCUGUGCGUAAACCUAUAGCAACUUUUGAAGAAGAAAAACAUGUUAAAGGACUAGAGGGAACACAAGUACAAAAUGCUGCUUUAAUAACAGAAAACACUUCCAAUAAAAUUCUAGAUGCACACACAAGAGCCCAUCUCCGAGUGGAAGCUUGUCACACUCUGCUCAGGUACGCCUGGCAGCAUACUUCACGCAACUCUGAUAAUGACAGUCUUCAGGAGAAAAUCGAAAGCAAGGUCUUCAGCAAAGUGAAGCCACAAAAGAAAUGCAGCCAUUCUCCAAAGCCUAGAAAAUUGCUAAGAAUGUGCCGCCAACAGUUUGAAUACAGAGAUGGGCAAAUUAUAAGCCUUGCUGCUCCUCGGUUGGUCUUGGGUAUACGAGGUCCCCACCCCCGCCCAGGCACAGAGGUAGUGUUGGUGCAGAAGAAGUCUGAUGACAGCCAUCAACGCUGGACCCACAAGGAAGACAGCAGGACCUUUCACCUGGUGAACAAGCCAGACCUUGUGCUGGCAGUGUCUAUGACCACAGCUGGCAAUGAAGCCCAUGGCUAUCCAGUUAUUGUCCAGGAAUAUAAACCAUACGGCAAUGGGGCUGCCAAUCAAAAGUGGCAUUACAUAGAAGAAAUCAAAGCAUUUGUGGCUUUUCAGAGCACUGCCUUGGAUAAGGAAAUCACUGCAGCAAAUUUUGCUGGAAUUUGUACAUCAUCUGUCAUUAAAGAAAACAUUGAUCAACCUGGAUACUGUUACCUCUCACCCAUGGGGAAGAGAAAAGUCAUGCUUUGCGUGGCUUGUGGAAGAUACCUGAGAGCAGAGAAGGGGCAGAAGCAGGUGCUUCUUGGGGUCCCAUUCUUCUGUGCUUCAGGAUCCAAGACCCAGAACCCUUCAUCUCAAGGUCCUUUCAAGGUUAUCAGUGUGUCCAAGGUUGAUUUAUCAUCUUACAAGGCUGAGAACACUUUGAGUUAUUAUGAAGAAUGUCUGUUGUCCUUAAGAAGAAAGAGCUGCCCGCAAGCUGUGACUCACAGUGGCAUAGAAACACCACACCAUAAGGCAGUGAAAAUAAUUGCAUACAAAAACGGGGCUGGAUAUCGUAACGGGAAGUUAAUCAUGGCUGGAACGUUCCCCACGCUUCUUGCAGAGUGCACAGAGAAGCUUGGACUGGCCAGAGCCGCUUCCAGAGUCUACACCAGAGACGGAACCGCCAUCUUCACCCUGCAUGGCUUGCUUUCAUGGACUCUAGACAACAGACUCACAACUCCUGGCGGAACAGAUGGGCCAGCUACUCAAAACAUGGAAGGUUGGUUACCACCUACAGGCAUUAAUAAACUGUUGGUCUGUAUGCUCAACCAAGAAAAGUUAAAUAGAAUGAAAAUGGAAAACAAAUUAUUCACCCAGUCUCUGAAACCUGAUGGACUGGAUGGUAUACAGAAGGAUGUGCUUGCCAUUAAUUUCAGAAAUCCUAUUGCCAUCUGGGUGUCAUGUGGUGAGCCAUUUCUACCUCCAAAUGCUUUACAGAAAGCAGAAAAAUUAGAGAAACAAAACUGGCUUAAAAAGGACAAAAUUUUGGCUGAUUUAGACACUAUGAAACAUAAAAUGAGACAGUUAAAAGGGCGGCGCAUAGCAGCCUGUAAGCCUGCCACCAUGGUUCCUACCAGAAGCCCCUUGCAGCCAGUCAUGGUUGAAGGAGGCUGGACUGAGCAGACUCAAGAGGAAACAGAACUCAUGGAACUGAUCAGACACACGGAGGCGCAUCUUUCUGAAGUUCAAGAACUACAGUCCAAAGGGAAGUCUCCAGUUGCAGCUGAACAUGAAGGAAUGCAGCUGAGCAGCCUGUACAAACAGCCAAGCACAAAACGAGUGUGGGCUUACCAGGACGGAGGCCAGCCUGAAGAUGGUACUUAUGCCUGGGCCCAAAGUGUCUCAGAGCUGCUGGCUGAAUGCUCCUCUCGUCUCAAUUUGGCCCGCCCAGCCAGGGUCCUGUACACUCCAUGUGGAGAGCAGAUUCAGUCAUGGGAUGACAUAGAGAGAGACAUGAUUGUCUGUGUGUCUACAGGACAUAGCUUUAUAUCUCAAAAAGAGCUAAAGAAACUGAUGAAGAUCAGAGCAAAUUAUGCCAGAAUCCAAAGGCAACGUGGCCCUCAAGCCCCAGACAUUGCUCUGUCAUCGUCCAUGAAGCUGCUGUCCCUGGAAAGAAACUUUUCUUUGCCUGCUUGUAAGCAAGAGAAUGUGACAGAAAGGCCAAUUAAUUAGAUUGCUGACGACUCUGAAAGUAGACAAAUUCACUUCGUAGAAGCAAAC